ACCGGAGAGCUGCGUCCCGUCCCGGACUGACAGAACCUUAUAACCGGGUCCUCUCAGGUGAAAAAAAAAUCAACAAAGAGAGAAGAUUGAAAAAAAAGAUGAUUGAAACAAUCGACACGCAGCGCUGUCUGCAAGCAGUGGAGCGACUGCAGGCUCGUCUGAAGGAGAGAGGAGGCGACGUGCCCUCUGACGAGAAACUGAACCUGCUCAAAUCCGUCCUGCAAAGCCCUCUGUUCCACCAGAUCCUCGCCCUCCAGAAAUCAGUCCAGCAUCUUAAAGAACAGCCUUCAUGUGUAAACUCAGAUUAUAACGGUGGAUAUGUUGACUCGGCUCAGAUUAAUGGACAAACCUCAUCAGAGGAGCAUGAACGCAUCAUUCGUGCCAUGGCUCAGGGUCGGUACGUGACUCAUAUUGACUUGGUGAAGCCGGUAUCAGGAGGCCUGGGCUUUAGUGUGGUAGGACUGCGAAAUGAGAACCGAGGAGAAUUUGGCAUUUUCAUCCAGGAAAUCCAGGCGGGGAGCAUUGCAUACUGCGAUGGGAAGCUGAAGGAAGGAGAUCAGAUCCUGGCGAUAAAUGGGCAGCCACUCGACCAGAACAUCAGCCAUCAACAGGCGAUUGCGCUGCUGCAGAGAGCAUCUGAGCAUGUACAGAUUACAGUUGCCAGAGGGGCCAUCCCUCAGCUUUCCAGCCCUGUGGUGUCCAGAACCCCCAGUGCUGCGAGUACACUGUCUGCACAUUCAAGUGGGACUCACUGGACUCAGGUGGAGACUAUAGAGCUGGUCAAUGAUGGCACUGGUCUGGGUUUCGGCAUCGUCGGGGGUAAAACUACCGGGGUCAUUGUCAAGACCAUUCUACCUGGUGGUAUUGCUGAUAAGGAUGGUCGCUUGCGCAGUGGUGAUCACAUCCUGCGUAUCGGGGACACUGACCUAUACGGUUUGGGCAGUGAGCAGGUUGCUCAGGUGUUGCGGCAGUGUGGCAACAGAGUCAAACUACUCAUCACCAGAGCAGCCGUGGAUGAUGCGUCCCCUGGACCUGUAACCCUGCCAACAGUCACUGAGCAACAGGACCGUGAAGAAGAGGAGCAGGAUACAUUUGAUGUAAGUCUGACAAAGAACACUCAAGGUCUCGGCAUCACCAUCGCAGGAUAUGUAGGAGACAAGAACUCUGAGACCUCUGGGAUAUUCGUGAAGAGCAUCACCGCAGGAAGUACUGUAGAGCAAGAUGGCCGCAUCCAUGUUGGAGAUCAGAUCAUCGCUGUGGAUGGUGUGAACAUACAGAGCUACACUAAUCAGCAGGCAGUGGAGCUCUUACGUCACACCGGUCAAACGGUCAACCUCAAACUUGUCCGCCACGGAUUUAGACCGGAAGAUACGCUCCUGCCCAUCACGCCUGUGGCCACUGAGGCUAAACCAAGACAGGAGUGUGUCACCAUGGACAGCAUGCAUGACCCUAUGGAAGCAUCCAGACAUGUAGCUGCUGCUGCUGUUUUGCCGUGCACGCCUGAACGAAAGAAAGGCAUCAUACUGAAUAUCGAUGAGGAAGAGGAGCUGCGAGAGAAAUGGCAAAAUGCUCUCAGUCCUAGCAAUGAAGUUAUUGUGGUACAGGUAGAGAAAUUCAGUGAGAGCAGUGGACUCGGGAUCAGUUUGGAAGCGAGUGCUGGUCACCAUUACAUCUGCUCCGUUUUACCCGAGGGACCCGUAGGACGUUCUGGAAAGCUGUACAGCGGAGACGAACUCCUCGAGGUGAAUGGUAUACCUCUUAGAGGUGAGACACAUCAGGAAGUGGUGAGCAUUCUGAAGGAGCUGCCUGUGUGUGUGUGCAUGGCCUGCUGUAGGCCCGCCCCUUUGCCUUCGACUGACAGUCAAACUAGCCAACCACGGCUGGAAGAAGUGGCUACAGAGUCGACGGAAAAGGACCUUGACGAUAUUGAGAACUUCCUCGUGCCUGGCGAAUCGGAGACGAGCCUGAGAGGUCUCAUGCCAGAAGAGACUGUGGAAACUUCAUUGGCAAUGUGGGAGUCAGAGAUCCAGGACAUUGAGCUGGAGAAAGGAGAACGUGGGCUGGGUUUUAGCAUCCUAGACUACCAGGACCCUAUGGACCCAGCUAAGACGGUGAUUGUGAUCCGAUCUCUGGUGCCUGAAGGAGUCGCUGAACUGGACGGACGUUUGUUGCCAGGAGACCGGCUGAUGUAUGUCAACAGCAUGAACCUCGAGAGUGCCUGUCUGGAGGAGGCGGUUCAGGCACUGAAGGGCGCCAGCUUAGGCACCGUCCACAUCGGAGUAGCCAAACCACUGCCUACUCCCUCCUCUAUCGUCUCGGCUCUGUUGCGGAUGGAGAGAGAUGAGAAGGAGCAGGAGGAGGAGGAGGAGGAAGAAGUCUUAUUCCGUGCUGAGCCAGUACUGAUUGACACUAGCGAUGUGGACUUGUCAGACGAGAAGUUCGAUUGUCAUUACGACGGCGAGGAAGACGACACGUUUCAGGCGUCCAUGAUCGCCCUUCACGGGAGCACCUGCAGCGCAGAUCUCACCUAUCAGACGACCGAGCAAGGCUCCACUCCUCAGAGAAGCACUCACCUGGAUUUGCUCAUGGAGUAUCCUUUUAUGACGGCGUCUGAAACCGGACAGCCGUUUGCCCCCGAGGAGAAGGGAGCACCUGUAAGGCUCGAAGCCGGGACCGUAAGACUCGGCUCCACCUCCUCCAAUCUGAUCACGGAACAAGAUUCAGAGAGAAUGGACUCCGUGAUGUCAAACGCUGGGAUUUGUCGAGCCAACCCUGCUUCCGCUUGUAAAGAAGAGAAGCUCGCGACGGCGUUGUAUAGAGAGACGGGACCGAUCGUUCCAGAGAUCCAAGGGCAAGUGCGUGAAGGCGGUUAUGCUCAUGCUGCUCAAGAGGAGGAAGAUGAUUUCCCAAUGGAUAAAGCUCAAGAGGAAGAACCCGAUCAACAAGAAAUGACUCCAGGGAGCAAUUUUGAAAGGACCAUCACAGUUGUCAAGGGCAACUCAAGUUUAGGCAUGACAGUGAGCGCAGUGAAGGAUGGUGUGGGCAUGCUGAUCCGCAGCAUCAUUCACGGCGGGGCCAUAAGCAGAGAUGGACGUUUAGGUGUUGGAGAUCUCAUUCUCGCCAUCAACGGUGAAGCAACCGGGAACCUGACCAACGCACAGGCACGCGCCAUGCUGCGCCGACACUCCCUCAUUGGAUCUGACAUGGGAUCUUCAGUUGCUCCAGAAGAGGAGCUCUGCCCCUUUUAUAUCAUUACCUAUGUACCAGCGGAGUAUUUAGAGGAAUACAAGGCCCUUAACCAGGGCAAGGAUGAAGACUUUGGUGUGGGUACAUCAAGCACACCAAGAUCUGUAGCAGAGCUUCCUGAGAGGGAGGAUGGUGAAGGGGAGGAGAGCGAACUACAGACAGCAAACUUCAACAACUGGAACCAACCAAGGAAGGUGGAGCUCUAUAGAGAAGCAGGAAAAUCUCUGGGUAUCAGCAUUGUUGGUGGGCGGGGCAUGGGCAGUCGCCUGAGCAAUGGGGAAGUGAUGCGAGGCAUCUUCAUCAAACACAUCCUGGAAGACAGCCCUGCAGGACACAAUGGAACUCUGAAAACCGGAGACAGAAUUUUACAGGUGGACGGUGUCGAUCUGCGAGAUGCCAGUCAUGAGCAAGCUGUAGAUGCCAUUCGUAAAGCUGGCAACCCUGUUGUGUUCCUGGUGCAGAGCAUUAUCAGCAGGCCCAGGACAUCGGCAGCAGACUCCACCGAGGGCAGAACAGCGCGAGUCUCAAACCCCAACAACAAGGACGUUGAGAGUCACAAUAGGCUUUUCCUCCGUCUCUCCCCAACUAACCCUUUCACCCCUACUCCAUUUAAGCUCAAUCGAGAGCCAGGGAAAAUUUCCCCGACGAUGCUGUUCCUCUCAGUCCCAUGCACAGGCGAGACAGACACCGACACGCUGACCGAGGUCCCUGAUCGUCUAAUUCUUCCUCAUGACACAGUGGAGGAAGAGGAAGAUGAGUUUGGCUACACUUGGAAAAAGGUGGUGGAGCGUUAUGGGAGUCUGCCAGGUGCGUUGCAUAUGAUCGAGCUGGAGAAGGGCAGAAGUGGUUUAGGCCUGAGUCUGGCAGGGAACAGGGAUCGCUCAAGAAUGAGCGUCUUCGUAGUAGGCAUCGAUCCCAAUGGAGCAGCCGGAAGAGAUGGACGCAUCAUUGUAGGAGACGAGCUGUUGGAGAUCAAUGGUCAGAUUCUGUAUGGUCGCUCCCAUCAGAACGCCUCAUCCAUCAUCAAGAGCGCCCCAUCCAAAGUCAAAAUCAUCUUCAUUAGAAACACGGAUUCUCUCACUCAGAUGGCCGUCAUCCCAAUGAAGGAAAUCGGAGAUGUCCUGGAUGCACAAUCGGAGCCCCAAACUUAUUCCUCUCUCAUCUCUUCACUGUCUGAUACGGACCUGCCUAAACGUGUCCAGAGCAUAUUCUUACCAGCAGAAGAGGGAGGCCUGGUGUUUAGUGAGGAGGACAAGAAUGGCAUGAUCAUUCAGGAAGUUAAAGAAGAUGGAGCAGCCAUGAUAGUACAGGAGGGUAGCACACAAACAGGAGACAAAUCGAUGGUCAUAGAUAAUGAAGUGGCAGCGGAGAAGGUAACAUCACUGCUGAGCAAAGGGAAGAGCUCAGGGAAGCUCACUCUCUGUACAGACAGCCAUCCCCCAAUAUCAACCUCAUCCAGUCAGACACGGAGACUAUCCGACCCAGCGGCGCUCUCGAGCAUGCCUCAGUCCCUGACACCCCCUGAAGUGGAAUCAAACAAGAGUUCCAGUAGAUCAUCAACCCCUGCGACCUUGACCUCCGACCCUGUGACCUGCCCCAUAAUCCCUGGUUGUGAAACUACCAUUGAUAUCUCGAAAGGAAGAACAGGACUCGGCCUCAGCAUUGUGGGUGGCUGUGACACACUCCUGGGUGCUAUUAUAAUUCAUGAGGUGUAUGAGGAAGGUGCUGCUGCUAAAGAUGGCCGACUCUGGGCAGGAGAUCAGAUCCUAGAGGUGAACGGUAUUGACUUGCGUACAGCGUCCCAUGACGAAGCAAUAAACGUGUUGAGGCAGACUCCACAGCAAGUGCGUCUGACUGUGUUCCGUGAUGAAGCACAGUAUAAGGAGGACGAGCUGUGGGACGUGCUGUCAGUUGAGCUGCAGAAGAAACCAGGCCAAGGCCUCGGACUCAGUAUUGUUGGAAGAAGGAACGAUACAGGUGUGUUUGUGUCCGAUAUUGUGAAGGGAGGCAUUGUGGAGAGUGAUGGCCGGCUCUUGCAGGGAGAUCAGAUUUUGUCUGUUAACGGUGAGGAUGUUCGGACAGCAACACAGGAGUCCGUUGCUGCUCUGCUAAAGUGUUGUGUUGGUCCAAUCAAUUUGGAGGUGGGACGCUUUAAGGCAGGGCCAUUCCACUCAGAGAGACGCCUGUCUCAAGGCAGUCAGUUAAGUGAAGGUGGAAGCUGUAAAGCCAGCCUGGCAUCUUUCACUGGUUCUGGCAGAUCACAAGAAGACUUUGAGAACAGUCACAGAAGUCAGGAAUCACUGGACCAAGACAUCCGAACUGUGGAGCUCUCCAAGGGUCCAUCUGAGUCCCUGGGGAUAAGUAUAGCAGGAGGAGUGGGCAGUCCUCUGGGUGAUGUGCCCAUCUUCAUUGCCAUGAUGAACCCAGCUGGUUUGGCUGCGCAGACACAGAAACUCAGGGUUGGCGAUAGGAUCAUAUCUAUCUGUGACACGUCUACAGAAGGCAUGGCCCACAGCCAAGCUGUAUCACUGUUGAAAAACACCACAGGAACCAUACGCUUGCAGGUUGUCGGAGGGGACACUACAGUAACAGGUCCUGCUCUGGAUCAAACAUCUGGACUCACCAGCAGCAGCAUCUUCCAUGAUGACCUGGGUCCUCCUCAGUGUAAGACUAUUAAUCUGGAGAGAGGUCCAGACGGCUUGGGUUUCAGCAUCGUGGGAGGAUUCGGCAGUCCCCAUGGUGACCUGCCCAUCUAUGUUAAAACGGUGUUUGGGAAGGGUGCAGCUGCAGAGGAUGGGCGUCUAAAGCGUGGAGAUCAGAUAGUUGCAGUCAACGGCCAGAGUUUAGAGGGAGUCACACAUGAGGAGGCUGUCGGUAUUUUAAAAAAAACCAAAGGGACCAUCACACUCACCAUACUCUCAUAAGACACUAAAUUAUACAGUAGCAUACAGUGGUGCUUGAAAGUUUGUGAAC